AUGGGUAUUUGUUUAGACACAGAUGCCAGCGCGGCACAAGAUACCGGCGAACAAGGCAACGAUUGGAAUCGUACACGGAAUCAAGAUGGCCCAAAUGCUGCACCAGGCAGCGUUAUGGCAAUGAAUGGCAAUGGACGACUUGGUUCGGCCAAUAUCGCCGCUAUCGAUAUGCAAAAUGCUGGAAAAAUCAAAUUCGAUCCGCCCAAAGUGCCAGUGAUAUUUGUUUUAGGCGGCCCAGGUAGUGGCAAGGUCACCCAUUGCGAUACCUUUAUGCAGGAGCGACGCGGCGUUACGCACAUCAAUAUGAUGGAUCUACUGCAGCAAUAUGCAAUGGGGAAUGAUAUGCAGGACUUUUCGCAAUUAUCGUCGAAAACAGUCACCGAGGUGUUGAUGUUGGAAAUGAAAAUGGCUCCAGCUGCCAAAGCCUAUUUGAUAUCAGGAUAUCCACGAUCCAUGCGCGACGUUGUUGAGUAUUCGGAAAAGAUACAAGUCGUUAAUGGUGUUAUUUUAAUAUCCUGGCGUCAAUCAGUGCUACAGAAGCAAAUUGAUUAUGGCGCUAAAUUAGGUCAUGUUGUACUCUCCUUAGCCAAAAUGGAAUUGGAAAAUUUCUUUAAAAAUGUGAUGCCAGUCGCCGAUUACUUUGAUCAGAGUGACAUGUUGUUGGCCGUAAAUGGCGAGCGUGCUCCCACAGAGGUGUAUAAAGACUUUCGCACCGCAGUGUUAGACAUAUUGAACGCGCUUGAGAAUCAAGAAGCCAUGCUAAAUGGAGUUUCAGGUAUGGGCAGGGGAAUACAUGAUAUACCCGGCAGUAUUGUUAGCGUAGACACCGCACCUAGUCAACCCCCAGUCACUGUAGAUCACAGGUCAAGUGCUGCUGCUGCUGGUGCUGCUGGUGCUGCUGUUGCUGGUGCUGCCAUUACCGAUCUGACUGCUCCUGGUGCAGCAGCUGCAACCAUCCGGACAGGCGUCAACAGUCCAGAUGAUGACAGCGGUGUAGUUGUCACCCAGCAGCCCAAGCUCAGCCAUGCCGGCACCAGUAUGGAUGCCAACGAUGACCCCGACUCGCCCAUCCCGCCCAUCAUUUGGGUCAUUGGCGGUCCCGGCAGCAAUAAGGCCACGCUUUGCCUCAAAGCAGUUGGUCUGAACCCGGGCUGGUCCCACAUCAGUGUUGGGCGAAUACUUCGCAAUAUUACGGACACUGCGCCACGUGCCAAUACCGAGAGCUAUGCGGUCAAGGAAGCUCUCGCUGCAGGCGAAAUGGCUCCUGAGAAGUCACUGAAUCAACUCCUGGAUAGCAAUAUCCGUCAGCUACGGGGCAAAGCUGGCAUCAUCAUCGAUGGGUAUCCGCGCAAUCUGCAGCAGGUCAAAUAUUUUGAAAAUAAGUACAAACAAAUACCACCCACAAUACUGUUGGACUGCUCGAAAUUGCAGUUGGGACGCGGACGCAUAGACGACACGGUUUCUUCGUUUCGAAGACGCUUGGAACUUUUCCGGGAGCAGACGCUGCCCAUGCUCAAGACCAUGGAUAACAGCAAUCGACUACAGAUUGUGGAUGGUGAUACGGAUAGUCCCUCCGUACAACGCGAAUUUGAGCGCCUCAUACGUAAUCAUAUACAACAGUUGACCAAUACCACGGAUGGCGAGAACGUUCCAGAGACAAGGGGUAAUCAAGUGAUGCGCAAUGAACAAACGGAUGCUAUACUCCAUGACCUGGAGACGAAUGUGCCGGGUGCGGUGCCAACGAUUAGUCACCAUGUCAGCAUGAUGAAUGGACAUAUGAAGAAUCGUAAUAGCGCACUGGGUGCUACCAAUCGACCCUCACAGUUGAUGAAUGGUCAUGUGCCGGGUCGACCUGGUACAGGUCCUGUAGCACCACUUGCACAACCCGUCGAUUUUCGGCAUAUGCUCGAGGAGGCCGAACGAUAUCCGGUGGACUCGUAUAUGUAGCUACAUUUGAGAACAAUUUAUAGAUACAUAAAAGGAUUACACGCAGAGCGUACUACAAAAAGGUUUUAUAGUUUUAUAAACAAAUUCGAAUAGCUUAAGUCAUAUUGUUAGCGUUGAUUUAUUGCUAUCUAAAUUUUAAAAGUAGCAACGGUGAAUUUUGAUAUAGUAUUUAAAUGGCUAAAGCAAUCCUUGCCAAGUAUAUUUUCAUUGUAUCCAAAUAUUAGAUAAGACAAGUAGAUAUACACAGCGACACACAACUAAAUAACGAAAUAACUUAAAAGUCUCUUCACUGAAACAUUCAAUACAAUUGAAGAUGCAUUACAAAAAUAAAGUAACUAAUCUAGAAAGUUUUGGGAAAAACACUUUAAUAAAGUUGAGAAAUAAGUACAAAAAAACACUAAA